UUAAUUAUUAACAUUGAAUCAAUGCUUAAAUACAAGUGUACACAUUUCAACAUGCAUUCAAAGAACUGUCUAAAGCUUCACCAUGAAGGCAUUAGCUGCUUUAUUUGUAACAAUAUGCAUUUUUUAUCAGGCUAAUGGAAAGAGCAUAACUGACCACAUGCAAGGGCCCAGACGGGAGGUGCGGCAAAUUAAUGAUCCUGCAUCAAUCGACUGCAAAAUGAGUGCCUGGUCCGAGUGGACAUCCUGUGACCCGUGCACUAAUACCACGCAUCGCUCUAGGGGUAUUGAGGUCUUUGGGCAGUUUAAAGGCUCUAGGUGCAUAUACCCAAUUGGAGAGCGGAGACCCUGUAAACCUUCUACCAAAUGCCAGAUGGACCCUCCGCCCGUCUGCAAAAGCUCUCAAUGGCAGUGUGCUUCAGGAAUAUGUAUAAGCAAACAUCUAAAGUGUAAUGGGGAUCAUGACUGCGGAGAGUCAGAUACGUCUGAUGAAGACGAUUGUGACGAUAUCAGGUCACCUUGCGGCAAGACAGCUGUAUUUGAGUCUGACAUAGCCACCCAAGCUGGAUAUGGAAUAAAUGUUCUGGGAUCUGGACCUCGAAUGAAUCCCUUUAAUAACAGAUUGUAUAAUGGCCAAUGUAACCGAAUCAGAGAUCCAACUACAUUGGAAUAUAACAGACUACCCUGGAACAUUGGAGUUCUCAACUAUGAGACAAAAGUGGAAGAGAGCAGCUCCAAGCAGAUGUAUGAGGACAUUCACUCUUUAAUAAAAGAGAUAACUACAGAAUCCUCCAAAACUUUUGAAGCAGGCUUAAGCUUUAAGUUUUCACCUACUGAGCCCUCCAGUGCUGAUGAAGGUGGUGCUGCUGGCAGUGCUGGAAAUGCUGGCAGUGCUGGAGAUGUUGCCAGCCCCGGUGGGGGUGGUGAAGCUGCUAGUCCCAGUAAGAACGGUGGGACUGAAGCCGAAGGUCCUGGUGUGGCCGGUGAAGCCAAAGGUUCUGAUGGGGGCCAAAAUGACAUGGUUAUUAGUGGAUCAGUAGAAUUUGACACUAAGACUGAAAAAAACAAUAUCAUCAAACAGCUGUCAGAAAUCACGACGACCAAGAGAAAGACCUUCAUGAGAGUGAAAGGCAGAGUGGAGCUGGCCACCUACAGGAUGAGACAGCGAGGGCUGGAGGUAUCCUCAACUUUCUUGGAUGAUGUGGAUGCCCUGCCACUUACAUAUGAGAAGGGACAGUAUUUUGCUUUCUUGGAGGACUAUGGAACACACUUCACCAAGAACGGAAAGUCCGGUGGAGAAUAUGAGCUUAUUUACGUAAUGAAUGAGGAUAUCCUCAAACAAAAAAAGGUCACUGAAUCCACGAUCAAGGACUGUGUCGAGGUUGGAAUUAAAGGCAGUAUACAGUUUUCCAAAAUAGCUGAAGCAGAACGACACGUUAAACCAGUGGGCAACUGUGAUACUAUAACAGACAAACCCACAGAUGACAGGGACACAAGGGGGGUUAUUGAUAAGGUACUGAUCGCAGUGAGAGGGGGCAGUCCAGCCACAGCAGUAGCCAUGAAGUCUCAGCUCACUAAAGAUGGCAUUCUAGACUAUACUCAAUAUGUGGAAUGGGCAAAGACCGUCUCUGCUCUACCUGCUCUCAUUCACAGUGAUCCUGAACCCAUCUACAAUGCCAUCCCUUUGGACUUUCCUGAUGCUCAGCCGAGGCGGGACAAUCUCAGGAGAGCCAUCGAUGACUAUGUCGCCGAGUACAGCGUGUGCAAGUGUCAGCCGUGCCAGAAUGGUGGCACUGUGAUCCAGAUAGACGGGGAGUGUAAAUGCAUGUGCUUACCAGGGUCUGAAGGUGUCGCGUGUCAGAUCGUUGACAUGGAAAUGGUGAAAGGUAAGUCUUUUGAACAGCUGGGGAACUGGGGCUGCUGGACUCCCUGGUCCCCCUGCUCCGGACGGCGUCGCAAACGGACGCGUACCUGCAAUACUCGAGGUGUACCAAACGGAAUCUGCAAAGGAGAUACAACCAGUGAAGACUACUGCUAAGAGUCACAGAGUCACAAAUAAUCACUGAUUAUUAAAAGUGCUGUGUACAAAAUAAGAAAUAAACAGGUUCAAUUACA